CUUUAUUUCUUUAGGGUUUAUGUAUUAUUCUUUCUAUUAGGGUUAAUGUCACUAUUCGAUUUUAAUGUCACUGUCAAAUGUCACUGUGGCCACCGCUUGUGUCAUUGUGCCGCUACUCAUGUCACGGUGCCGCCGCUCAUGUCACUGCCGCCGCCGCCCGUGUCACUGUAUCCGCCGCCCGUGUCACUGUAUCUGUCACCCGUGUCACAGCCACCGACGGCCAUAGCAACACAAAAUUGCUCCGACCACCGCCUCGCAGCCGGUGACCACCACACCCCAGCCCCCACCCCACAGCCCACUUCCCUUGACCUGCCCCUAGCCCUGCACGCCAACUGCCCCAGCCCUGCUCCCCUACCCCCAGCCCCACUCUCGGUCCCCAACCCCCCUCCCAUGCUCCCCUGUCCUCCUCCAGGCCUCUGCACACCAGUUCGCCAGCCAUCAUGGAGUCCUCGCCGCACCCUUACUGAGAUGGCAGAUCCGGAACCGACGACCAAAAAUUGCCGCCGUCGUCCAUCAAGUUAGAUCUGGCAUCGGCGGCCCAAAAUCACAGCUAUCUUCCAUCAAGACGGUGAAUCCAGCACUGGUGGCCAUCUAGGUCAAGGAUCUGUCUGCGGAGGGCGAUGGCGGCGGCGAGAUUCGUCUUCUCUGCUCACGAAAUCGGCGAGGGCAAGGAUCCAUCUGCGGAGGCUGGGAGGUGUUCUGUGCUCGCGAGAUCGGAGAGGGCGAGGAUCCGUCUACGGAGGGCGAUGGCGGCAGCGAGAUUUGUCUGUUGAGGCUGGCCGGGAAGUGUUCUCUGCUCUUCUCGUCUGCGGAGCUCUUCUCGUCUGAGGAAGUCUUCCAGUGUAGGUGCUGAAGCACCGAAGGAAAGAGGGGAAACGUUAGGUCACUUUUUGGGUAAACAACAGUUUGGUUAUAUUUUUGACCAAUCAAAGUUGAGGAGGAAUAGUUGUGCCAUUUUUUCUAAAGUUUUUUCAUGUAUCAACUUAUAUUGAGGAUUUUCAGAAAUAUUUCUAAAAUAAAACUUAUUUAGCUAAAUAUGACUAAUAGUUACA